AUGAAGGAAUACAAGUGCAAGACUUGUUACAAAUCGUACGCUAAGAAGGGGACUCUCAGCCGACAUAUGAAAUAUGAAUGCGGGAAAUUGCCCCGAUUCGGCUGUGGGAAAUGCCCUUACAGGGCUUACCAGAAGGUUCACGUGGAGCGGCAUCUUUGCAACAAGCACAAUCUGAAAUUCAGAAUGGAAGAAAUCGUUCAAAUGGCAUGGUAUUUAUGUGAAACCGAAUUAGUUGAGCCUUCUGAUCAGGAACUAAGCUUCGGAUCGGAUGAAGACGAGGAUGAUAUUGGUGGGUAUACCUGCAACGUGUGUGGAAUGCCGGUGAAAAUCGAACUGCUGGAAGAGCAGAACAAAGUACUAAACCCUUGGCUUACUCUGGCCAAGGAGCUCGCCAAACCCAAAAAGAAAUGCCGCAGGAUCAGGGGAAACUUCAUCUGCAACGAGUGUAGUCGUAGCUACAUAAGAAAGGAUUCCCUACAGAGGCAUUUGACGUAUGAGUGCGGCAAGGAACCCCAAUUUCAAUGCCCCUUUUGUCCCCAGAAAUGUAAGAGGAAGGCCCAUAGGAUCAGACACAUCAAGCGGCAGCAUAAAGACAAAAUUGGCAUCUUGGAAGAAAAUAACCCUGACAUGUUUGUUAAAGACGAAGAAAUCAAUUAG